CCCAACAUUAUUAUAGCAAGCAAACCCUAAAACUUGAAACACAACAACCACUUCUUUUUUUUUGUCUUUCCUCUCUCUCUGUUUCACGAAGAACAACAAAAUUAUCAGAUUUUCAAUCCCUCUUUUAUCAAACCCUCACACACAUUCUCCUAAACUUAGAUCACAAAUAUUAGAUACAGAUAAUAAUGGCUGGUAAAGGUGAAGGUCCGACGAUUGGAAUCGAUGUAGGUACUAUCUAUUUGUGUUGACCGGAACGGAGAUGGUGGAAGAAAGUGAGGGAGUUGACGGAGUCCGUAGACGGCGGUCGGUGGCGACGGUGGUUACGUCGGCUGAGGCGGUGGUUACGAUGGUGGUUAAAAGGCAGUGUACGGUGGUUUCGGGUAUGUGCGGUGGCGCGUGAGAGUAACGUCACCGCCGUUGAUGGAAUAUGAGUCGUUGGUUAAGAGUACCGAGACGGUUAUUGCAGCGAGUAGGAGGGUGUGGAAGAUGUUUUAGCUCCGGUGACGGUGUAACAGCGGGGGUGAACGACGGCGGACGGAUGUAGUGGUGGGUUGAACGGCAGCGAAUGACCGGUGAACGGAGACGGAGAGUGUGGAGAGGAGACGGCGGAUGUUUGCUGGUGGGUUUGGGUGUACGGUGGAGCUCGGUUGAAGAUGUUGAUGAUAACAGAUUAAAAUUGUGAAAAAAAAAUUUGAUUAAUCUGUUAUUUAAAUUGUGAAAAAAAAAUUUGAUAACAGAAUGGUGAAAGUGCUCGAAUGGGAUAAAACCCUCAAGCAUAACCAGAGUAUAAAUCUUAAUCUAGUUCCAACCGACUUCGAGGACGUAUCUAGAUGGGUUCACGAUAGCAGAAUCAGUUAUGCAGUGGAGACUUCCGUUCCUGUCUACCCUCUUCACAUUCGAGAAUUCUGGGAGAACGUAAAGCUGGAAUCAAUUAACAACAAACCGGGAAUCUCUUCAACAGUACGCAAUAAAAGAGUUGAAGUGACAGAGGAAAGGGUACGUAAAGUUCUGAAGCUCAAAGACAACAGUGAUGAACCACAAAGCAUGAGUCAAGACGAUAUUCUUGACGGUUUCAAAGGAAUGGGAUACGCAGGGGAUUUUAGAAAUAAGAAGGAGAUUAAAAGGGGCGGUCUAACGCAGGAUUGGAGGUUUAUUGUUUAUGUAAUUUCGACAAGUCUAGCGCAUCGAAAAGGCGGGUUUGAUGGCUUAAAUUUGGAAUGGUCUGCAGCUAUGCUGAGCCUAUGCACAAAUCAAAAAUUCAAUCUCUCUGGAUUAAUUUUCAAUUAUAUGAGAGAAAAUGCAAAUGGAGCGACUUGGGCGAUGUAUCCGAGAUUUAUUCAGAUGCUCAUAAAUGAUCAGCACAAAGACCUCCCCAAUGACGGAAAUACCUACAAAUUCCACGUGCCCACAAGUAGACAAUAUACUGAAAUCAAAACCAACGAAUGGGUUUUGUUGCACGACUGGAUGUACAGAGCUGAAAGACUACCCAUCGUGAAAGCUGCAUAUUAGAGGUACAAAGAAGGGGUCAAAGCUAAACAACAGAGAGCAGCACAAGCACAGGCCGAAGCAGCCGCCAAAGAAGGAAGUAGCAAAGAAAAACGAAAGGGCAAGCAACCUGCAGAUGAAGAACCUCCUAAGAAGAAAAAGACAACAGGAGGUUCUGAACGUCUGAUGAGUUCUGCAAUCAAUGCGGCACAAACUGAAGAGCAACGUAAACAUAUUCAAGAUCUGAAAGCCAUUCAUGCAAUGCAGGAGAAAGAGAAAAGAGAAAAGAGCCUGAAACGUAAAGAAAUAUCUUCUUCAGAGAUGCCCGAAGUAGUUCCUGAAGAAACUCAAAACCUCAAUGAUUUCGUUGAUCAAAUUCUUGUUGAUCCAGAUGAGGCAGAAGCAGAUGAAGGCACAUCAAAAGUUUCCCCAGUCAAACCAACAAGAAUCUCAAAACCACCUGUUGUUCCACAAAGGCUACGUCCAUUUCAAGAUCUGUAUGAUCGGCUCAUAAAAGACACCGGGCCUUCUGUGGCGAAAGAAAUUUGUCUUUUAAAGAAUCAAGUUAAUGAUACGAACAUUCUGAGAGAGAAACUCAAAGAUCAAAGAAAGAAGAACAAGGAAAUGAAGGAAUACAUGGCCAAGCAAGCCAAGUUUGUCAGAUUUCAGCAAGCCAGCUUGGAGAAGCUCUACAGGAUGAUGCGGGGAAUAUGUGAAAAAGCGAACAUUGAGCCGAUGUUUACAUUUGAUGAGAUCUUCGAUUUUGAAGCUUUCAUUCAAGAAGAAACGGCUCGCAAAGAAAAGGAAGCCGAAGCGAAGAAAAAGAGAUUAGAGUCGGUUGACAAGGCAUUGGAGGGAAACGAAAGCGAAGAAGAGGAAGCAGAUCGAGAAGUCAUGCCACCAACCUUUGUUGAAUGGGGGCUAGAAGACGAGGUCUUAUAUGAGCAAGAAGACGGCAAGACAUUUGCUCCUGAACAUCCCGAGUGGUUCAGAAAAGAACGAGAAAAGCUCCCUGAUCUGCAUCAAGUGAUAAAGGUCGUUAAAUCUGAGGAGACUGAGAAAAUAAUUAGCUGGAUGUAUGACAACCUCAGGGGCAUGUUUGUAGUAAAGAGACGGGGUGGUGACAAGAACUUGCUAAACCAUGGCGACAGAGGCAUCGGAAGAGACUUUGAACGUCUAAUUACGAGCGAAUGCGACAAGAACUUCCCUAAUCAUGCCCCACAGCGCCCAAGACGCCGAGUGUCCAAAACUUCUUUUGAUCCAGUAACAGGCAAGGGAAAGGUGACGUGGGUUAUUAACCCUGCUAAAGUAGUCACCAGAGUCAAGCUUCCGGAAGAAAUCCCUGUGGCUCUUAAGGAUUUCAAGAAAUGGUUCUACGAUAGUCAAACCGGUGAAGCUGUAAUAAGGUCGAACGACAAUGUUGAUAUUCGAAUACUGGAUCCUAUGGACGUGUUUCAGUUCGGGCUCUCUGAUCUCACCAUGCUGAAUGCGAGUCGUAUCAAUGUCGGAGCUGGAAAUGCAAAUCUUGAAGAGGCAGCACUGUUUCAGCGAGCAGUGGAGCGUGCCUGGAGAUUGAAAAGGGAGAUGCUCGACAUGGUAGACAAAAUAGAGAAGCGAAAAGAGAAAGAGCAGAAAAAGAAAGAAGGUCGAAGGAAAAAGAAGCACGAGAAAACCAUGGAAGGAAGCUCUGCCUCAACUGUAGAUCCAUCCACCACCGACUCUCAAGCCACACCAACACCUCCGGCCUCAUCCACAUAUGAGGCCACUAAGGAGGACCCAAAAUCAAGUGAAGCCGUCAUUAAUCAGGAACCUCCGGUAGCACCAACGGAGAUUGUCGCACCACCAGAAACGAUCGUUGUAGAAGAAAAUCCAAUCGAGCCAGAAAAACAAACUACAGAAGAUCCAGUGGUUACAACAGAAGAUCCAGUGGUCACCACGGAAGAAUGAGAAGACAAGCACGCAACGAUCUAGGGGGAAUAUUGUUAGAGCAUGUGAGAUCGUUGGUACUUGUACUGGAUUAGUUUAGUUGUAGUUUGUAUGCCUUUUGAAUGUUUAGGGGGUUGUUUUGUAAUUAUCUAGAAGUAAUAUUCCUGACCUAGUGUAGUUAAGAUUCCAGCAAAUUUAUAAAUUUGCAAUUUGCUGGUUAGUCAGGAUGCUAGUAUAAAUACCCCAAGCAUUGUAACACAUUCAAGCUUUUGGCUCUUGGUGGAAUCAAGUGUUGUUUACAUUCAAAAAAAAAAAAAAAAAAAAAAAAAUUGAUUAACUUUUUGUUUUAAUUGUUUAACAGUUAAAAAUUGUUGAAGGUGCAGUUGAUGUUAGAUGUAAAAUGUAGUUGAUGUUCAACUGUUUGAUGAAGCUGAUGUCUGUUGACGCUGGCCGGAAAUAGUGGUGGUUUUGGUUGAAGUCAGUUCACCGGAUACGUGGCGGCGCCGGAAUAACUUGCCGGAACCCUAAAUUAUGGCUGGAAGUUUGCAGGAGAAAGAAGAUGUUGUCCCGGCAACAGUGGAGGUCGGAAAUAGAUCGUCGGAAAGGCGGCGCCGGAGAAUAUUGCCAGAAACCCUAAUCUGUUAAAAGAGAUUCAAUUUUUUUUUUUUAAUAUACUUCUGUUUCUACUCUUUCUUAAAAAAAAAACAAAUACGCUGACUUUAACUAAACUGCCGGAAUAACGACGUCGGAAACGUGACUUACCGGCGUAUUUAACAAAUACGCCGGAGAACUUGAACUCGCGUUCAAGAUUUAAUUUCGCCGGAAAACACAAAUUCGCCGGAAAACACAAAUUCGCCGGAAAACACAAAUUCGCCGGAACUUUUAAUAUUCAAAAUAAAAUCGCUGUAUUCAUAGUAAAAACGCCGUAUUCAUCAGAAAAACAACCUGAUCCGAAAAAAUAGUUCUGACUGAUAUGAAAACCUUUCUAAAACAUUUUACUCAUAAAAGUAUCAAUUAUCAACCAACAAACAAACCGUUUCAAACCUUUUAAAGACAAGAUUUUGAAGAAAUAGUGAAUAAAAUCAAAAACCCUAAAAACUUCAAAACUUUUUCAAAUAAAAAUCAGAUUUUUAUGAUGAAUUUGAAGAUUGUUGAAUCCCAAAUUCGAGUACCAAGCUCUGAUACCAAAUUGUAGGAUCAAAUCGAGCCAAAAAUCUGAUUUUGUAUAACAAUAAAGAUGAACACACUCAAAAUGAACUUGAAAAACCCACUAGAUUGAUUUG